AUGUCUCCGCCGGAGCAGUCCACAGCUUCAUCUAGCCAGCCGGUCUUAGACGAAACGCUGUCUAACAAACCCAAUGUCGAGUUGAUGUCUGCUCAGGACCCUACGGCAGGGACGCCUGGAACCUCUGAUAAUCAUAGCCACGGAUCGAGCUCCAAGGACAAGACCGGAAAAGAGGACAGUUUGAUCGAUUUUGGUGAUCAGGCAGCUGACGUUCCAUCACACGAACAUAAGGCUGACGCCGCUGAGCAAGGUCAUUCAGAAAUGCUCAAAGAAAAGCAAGCUGCCAAUGAUUCUCGAGCUCCUAGCGGUUACUUGAACACUCACGCCUCAACAGCGGGCAAAAUCAAACCUAUUGCAUUACCCUCGUCGAAUGAUGCUACUACACAAUACCUCACCGCCGAACCAUCCACUUAUGUUGACCCCACGCCUGCGACCCCAAUAACCUCUCAGCCGCCUUCGCGGACCCCUUCAAAUGCUGCGCGUUCCCAUGUCUCUGGAGAUUCUACCCCUCCUAAAUCAGACGCAGAGUUUGAUGAGAGACGAUAUGUCAGUGAAGAUGAGCACGAAGGCGGUUCACAGUCCGAAAUUCAGAGCAUCAUGGAGCAGUUUAGCGAGUUUGGUGGUGGCCCUGGUGAAGAAGAAGUCAUGAGUCCCAGACUGGAGAUUGCCUCGCCGAUGCUAGGCCAUCCCGUUCAGCAUCCUCCUCGAAAGUCUAGUCUGGAACCUCUUGUCCCUACGCUCUCUGGUCAGAUGCAGGGCCUACACAUCUCCACGAGUUCCCCUCCAGCCGAGACCCCAAACAACACUGGGGUCGAGGAUCUGGGGCCACCUGUCCCACCCAAGGAUGGUGUUCACGGAACACCUCCACGUCCUAAAAUAGAGCGGAACAUGAGCGUUGCUUCUCCAAGCUCGCCAGUGCAGUCGCACCGGCCGCCCCCUCCUGAGCCUGAGCCAGAGCCUACUCAACCCUUUGAUUUCCAUCGGUUUCUCGAGCAAUUACGAAACAAGAAGGCAGAUCCUGUGGCAAGGUACCUCAAGUCUUUCCUCUCUGAGUUUGGCAAACGGCAAUGGAUGGUGCAUGAGCAAGUCAAGAUUAUAGGGGAUUUUCUGGCCUUUAUUGCCAACAAGAUGGCGCAAUGCGAGGUCUGGAGGGAUGUAUCUGACGCGGAGUUCGAUAAUGCUCGUGAGGGAAUGGAAAAGCUGGUCAUGAACAGACUGUAUACUCAGACAUUUUCGCCUGCAAUCCAAGCGCCCAAACCGAUCCCUGGGGCGAAGCCGAAGCGCAAGGGCGGCGAUAUACCUCUUGGCCCCGGUAGGCGAGGCCAACACCAAGAGGAUGUCGAGAGAGAUGACAUUGUUAGACAGAAGAUGAGCAUUUAUGGCUGGGUGAAGGAAGAACAUUUGGACAUUCCGCCAGUCGGCGACAGUGGACGUCGGUUUUUGAAAUUAGCCCAGCAAGAGCUGCUAAAAAUAAAAUCCUACAGAGCACCGCGAGACAAGAUCAUUUGUGUGUUGAACUGUUGCAAGGUGAUCUUUGGUUUAUUAAAACAUAACAAGUCUGAUUCCUCAGCUGACUCCUUCAUGCCCCUCCUUAUUUAUGUUGUACUGCAAUCAAAUCCAGAGCACCUAGUGUCUAAUGUGCAAUACAUCUUGCGCUUCAGGAACCAGGAAAAGCUCGGGGGUGAAGCAGGCUACUACUUGUCCUCGUUGAUGGGUGCUGUUCAGUUCAUUGAAAACAUGGAUAGAACUACUCUAACGAUUACUGACGAGGAGUUUGAGAAGCAUGUGGAAGAGGCCGUGUCAGCAAUUGCUGAAAAGCAUGCUCAAUCACCGCCAGUCACCCAACAGCCAGUAUUCAACGAGAAGUCUGGACCUCUUCCCGGAGAAACUUCUGCGCGUCCUUCUCUUGACGGACCACGCACUUCAACCUCGAAUGACGAGUAUUCGGGCGAAGAGAAAGCUGCCAUCACUGGUCUUCUCAAGACUAUACAGAAACCUCUUUCCAGCAUUGGGAGAAUGUUCUCUGAUGACCCUGGCCCUUCCAUGGAUCCCGGGCCUAGCAGUGCGCCUCGGACCCCGGCGCCACCGGAGCGUCUCAGCCGUGAGGAGCCUCGCGAACAUCAACAAGUACCUUCGAAACAUGCAUUAUCUGCAGAAGAGGCUGCCGCACGACAGGCGAGCGCUGAAGCGGCCGAGGCGCAGCGACUUUCCCGUGCAGAGCAUGCAAAUGUUGUCGAAACAUUAGCAGGCAUGUUCCCUGACCUGGACAAGGAUGUCAUAAGUGAUGUGGUUUACGAGAAGGAGGGCAGGCAAGUGAUCCUCAAAUCGAUCUCUUUGGGCUGA